GCAACUUCUGUCACUGGUGAAUUUGAUAAUUUAGAGGAACGUGAUUAUGCUACUUGUGCGAGUUGACUGAGGUAACAUGUAGCCUCCAAAAGCUUGUGGACUUGGCAAAGUCCGCAAAGCAAUAUGACUGUAGCAAAUAAUAAUAAUCAGGCCAUGACGAGAUCGUCUGGUGUCGCCGAGAGUGCAGACACGAAGGGAGAUGAACCUCAAAAAAAGCUUACCCCGUAUCAAAGGCUCAACCACGACUUGUCCAACGAAGAACGUUACCUGAAGGAAAUAAGUCUUGGGAAGCGUAUUGGAUUUUAUCGAAUCCGUGGAGAGCUUGGAACUGGGAAUUUUUGUCAGGUUAAAAUGGGGAUACAAUCACUAACUCGAGAGAAAGUGGCUAUCAAGAUACUCGACAAAACUAAACUCGAUCAGAAAACGCAGCGACUACUCUCCCGCGAAAUAUCAUCCAUGGAAAAUUUGCAUCAUCCGAAUAUAAUUCGCUUAUACGAGGUCAUCGAGACGUUAUCGAAGUUACAUAUUGUUAUGGAAUAUGCGUGCGGUGGGGAGCUUUUUGCUAAGAUCUCGAAUGAGGGAAAACUUCCUGAGAGAAUCGCCAAAAAGUUAUACGGUCAAGUUCUUUCUGCAGUUGAGCAUAUGCACGAUAAUGACAUUAUACACCGUGACUUGAAAGCUGAAAAUGUGUUUAUUGCUGGGCCGAAUUUGGUCAAAGUUGGGGACUUUGGGUUCAGUACGACUGCUACUAAAGAAUCUGCUCUGAACACAUUCUGUGGAUCACCGCCGUACGCUGCACCUGAACUCUUCAAAGAUGAGCAUUAUAUCGGGAUCUACGUAGACAUUUGGGCGAUGGGGAUAAUGCUGUAUUUCAUGGUCACUGGGGUCAUGCCAUUCAGAGCAGAGACUGUCGGUAAAUUAAAGAAGUGCAUUUUAGAUGGGUCAUUCUUUUUGCCCGAUUUCUUAUCGGAUGGCUGUAGACAGCUAAUUCGCAACAUACUUCGGCCGGUUCCUACUGAUCGCUUCUCUAUAGAAGAUAUAAAACGGUCGACUUGGUUGGAGACAGAGACGUUGCCACAAGCGGAUGAAAGAUAUAGUUUAACACCACCAAUACUGGCUAAGCAGGCUGCCUCGGAAGACGAAAAAGAGGCCUUGGUUGUUCUCAAUGAUCUUGGCAUCACAACUGAACACAUGAGUAGAUGUCAUGAUUCCAGAGAUAGUAUUACGGGUACUUAUAGAAUCGUAUUACAUAGAAUACAAAAAAGAAAGACGGAACUUUCGCGAAAGUCAUCGACCCUUACUUCAUUUGGUAACUACAGCUCCAUGCCUUGUGAUUCAAAACACAACGACAGGCCGGAUAGGACUAAAAAGACACAGGACACCAAAUCGAAAUUUUGCUCCAUAUUGUGAUGGUAGCAAUCAAGGUUUCUAUUAUUCCUAUCCAGGUGUGGCUAUUUUCCUAGCUAAUUUUACAAAAAAGGGAAACGAAUUACAGUAUUUCCACACUCCAUUUCUUCUAAUUAUCCGAUUAUUUUUACAAAGGCAUCUAGUUAGUAAUGAAUGUAAGGAUUCGUUGAUUCAUCGGCUGGUUGACAAGGUGCUCUAGGUAAACAAAUCCGUCUUUUACUGCGCCCUUUCGUAGCCAUUGCAAAGUUUAAAUAUUGUUUAUUUAUUAAUGACACAAAGUUGCGUUGCAAAGUUGUAGAGCAUUCAUAAUUAUCACCACUGUGUUACCAAGUUUAUCACCGAGGUGUACAUAUAUCAUGCGUUUAUCAAAACACGACGGGUUCACACACAUUUACAUAUUCAAAAUGUACAGAAAUUGUAGAUAUUUGUAUUUUAAGUUAUUUUUGGUUAGAAAAUGUAAAAAGGACGUUUUUAAGGUUAAUUGAGUGUUGAUAGGUAACAUCACUAUGGAAACAAAAUUUUUGUAAAGUAUUUAUUAUUCAUUCGCAGAGAAACGACUAGCAACUACUUAUAUCAGAUAUGAAUGAAAAAUUGAAAGCAAA